AACCCCCAAAAUCUGGUGGUUCCCAAAUCCAAACAGCCGCAGCAAAGCUUAGAGAUUCAGAAGAUCGAGUCUACAAUGGAGUUGUUCCCAGUUCAAUUCUUUGUAAUGGAGGUUUCCGUGCUUGCACUGGCUAUUGUUCUCCCUUCCAUCGGCGCUGAAAGUCCGGCACCUGCUCCUGCUCCUACAACUACAAGCGACGGAGUAACAGUUGAUCAGGGAGUUGCGUAUGUUUUAAUGCUGCUAGCUCUGGUGAUCACAUACAUCGUUCACUAGCCUCAAUUCAUAGAAAAAGGGAGAAGGUUAAAUGCUUGAUUUGGUCCUUUAACUUUAAGAAAUGAACAUUUUUGGU